AGCAAAGUCCACAGAGAGCGACGCGCAGCUUGAUAAAAGUUGCGUUCGUUGUUGUUCGUUCAGUUAAAUUUAAGACGAGAAGCCGAAGAGAACGACCGUUGGGUGCGUCGGAAUGCAAAACGCGCCUAAAAAGCAAACGCAAAAAUAAAAACAAAAACAACAUUCAAAAUAAAUAAAGCAAAAUAAAAGAAUUCUAGAAUAAAUAAAAGACAGCCUUGCGCGGAUAUCAGAUGACAGACAGUCCAAGAUAAAAAUACUAAAACGAGCGUUGGAAUAUGUUUUUGCAUAUAUGCAUGAAUAUAAGGACAAACAGUGCGACGGCCGAUUGCAAAUCACAACAGAAAGCACUUAACGAAAGUGUUCGCUGAUGUCAUAGUAAAGCUGUCGCUUAUCAAAGACUGAAAAAACGAUAUCAGAAUUAUUGUGUUUGCUAGCGGAAACAGUUAAUAAAUAGUUGCGAAAUCGAACGGUAGAAAGGCAAUUGCAGAUAGUGAUAGAAAGAGAGAGUAACUCCAUUGGCCGGCAACAAUGGCAAUGACAAUGACAACCGACUACCAAGCGUAUCUGGAGACAGCCUGGCAGUGGCUGAACUACCUGCCCUACCUGCUGGUGGCCUACGUGCUGCUCACCUUGGUGCCCAAGUCGCUGAUGCGCAUGAAACGCUACGCGGACGCUGACUUCGAAGCGAAUCGUCACAAGUUCCAUCGCUGCUAUGGCCCUGAGCUCUGCUGCCACGCCCAUGCCAGCGUCCAGGCGCAGGAGCUGCCAGCAAAGCAGGCGAAGCAACGCAAGCCGGUGACUCGCGUCUACCCGAAGCGUCAGCAGCCGCUGAACAAGCCGGAGCUGCCGUCCAUUAAGCACAACCAUGUGACCAACAUUGCGCGCAUGUUCGAGUCGGGCAAUGCGACGCGGCAGGUGAGCCGUGUGACACCUGUGACGCUGCCCGACAUACGAUCGCUGGGCGCCAGCGAGGGCUCCAGCGAGACGACGCCUUGCGUCUCGCGCAAGGGCAGCAUUGCCACACAGAUGCAGCACAUCGAGCAUGCCAUGCAGCUGUGGCAGGAGCUGCAGGAUCAACAGCAGCAACAGCAACAGCAGCAACAACAACAACAUCAACAGCAGCAGCAGCAGCCACAAAAGUCAUCCAGGCUCAACGAUUGGGAGCCGAUGACUGCGAUGCCUGUGCCGGCCAUAAGACGCAGCCUGGGCACCUCAGCCACGCCCUCGACUGCAUCGCCGCUCUGCAGCUCACCAGAGCCGCCGUCACCUGUGCUGCUGCGUGAGCCGCCCGCUCUGUGCCUCAAGUCCAGCAUGGAGGACAUCUUCCAGGCGAUCGCACGCAGCGCCGAGGAGCCCGUCGACUGCAACAGCCUCUCGCCGAUCACCUGCAUCGACGACAUCUUGUCGGAGCGUAGAUUCUCGAGGCCCUUGUCCGCCUACUCCAUAACCGAUCUGCUCAACGAGGAGCAGGAGUCGCUGUUCGUGAACGAGACGACGCUGCAGCAGCUGGAAACGAGUUGAGAUGGGAAGAGCUUAUCCAGACUAUCGAGUGAUUAUCUGCAGUAGAUCAUCUUCGUGCCAUGUGCGAAAACAGCUUGCUUAGCUCUUCCUCUCUCCCUCCCUCUCUCUCACUCCCACUCUCACUCUGAUUAUCUCUCUGCCCCACUUAUCAAUGGCUUCUUUCACUGAUUCACAGCAAAACAGUUGCGAUAAGGCCACGCCCCCGCAUUUCCCUGGCUGCUGCUUAGCCUUUGCCAGUUGCAUUUUGUUUGUUUAAUUAAUGAAAACUUAAGCAAAU